AUGCCUUCCCUUGAUACCACCAAAGCCGCCAACGCAAAGUACGCACCCUCCAGGGUUCCAGUCGCCAUCUUCGUAGGCGGGACGUCCGGCAUCGGGCAAGCCACCGCCGAGGCUUUCGCUCGCCACACGAGGGGUAACGCGCAUAUCAUACUAUGUGGGCGAAAUAGGGUCGCCGCCGAGCAAAUCAUCGCGUCCUUCCCCACACCCUCCGUGCCCGACGCGAAGCACGAGUUCGUCGAAUGCGACGUCUCCUUAAUGAAGAACAUUGACGAGACGACCGCUGGCCUUCUCAACAGUCUUGGGAAGGUCAACUUUCUGAUCCUCUCUGCUGGUAUUUUCACCCUCAAGGGCAGAAACGAAACCGCCGAGGGCAUCGACAGGAAGCUCGCGCUGGGCUACUAUGCGCGAUGGAAAUUCACGCGUGAUCUGAUGCCACUAUUGCGCAAGGCGAAGGACACCGGAGAGGACGCGAAAGUCAUAUCCGUUCUCGCUGCCGGCCACGGCUCGGACAUUGACCUGGAUGACCUUGGCUUGAAGAAGAACUAUACCGGUGUGAGCUCGAUGAGGGCCGCGCCGACAUACAACGACCUCAUGUUCGAAUCUUUCGCAGAGCAACAGCCAGACUUAUCAUUCGUCCACAUUUUUCCUGGCAUUGUUCGCACUCCGCUGCUCGGCACCUUCUUCUCACUUGUGCUGUACCCCUUCACCACCUCUGUCUCGGACUGUGCAGAGCACGUGCUCUACGCUUUGCUCAGUGCCAACGCUGGUGCGCAUCGCUGCGACAAUAAGGGGGACGACCUAGGUAAGAAGUAUUAUUAUGGCUCGGACGAAGCGAGGGAGCGGCUGUGGAAGCACACUGAGCAGGAAGUUGAUCACGCAGUGAAUUCGGGCAAACAUACGUAG